UCAGUCCGUGAUUUUGGCCUCGUCGUCUCGACCGCAUUACGCAGCCGUCAAUUCCGUCUCCGGAACACCGCCCACGUCCACCGUCUCCCGCGACUCCGAAAGAGCAGAACCUCGCUCGUUCUCCCCGCUCUCGCAACCCCCUCUCUCCGCUCCGACCUCUAUCCACGCGAGUAAUCCUACCGACACAAUGGCGCCCGUCUCGAUCGUUUCCCGCGCCGCCAUGCGCGCCGCUGCCGCCCCCGCCCGGGCCGUUCGCGCUCUCACCACCUCGACUGCCCUCCAGGGUUCCUCGUCCUCCACCUUCGAGAGCCCCUUCAAGGGCGAGAGCAAGGCCGCCAAGGUCCCCGAUUUCGGCAAAUACAUGAGCAAGGCGCCCCCCAGCACCAACAUGCUCUUCUCCUACUUCAUGGUCGGCACCAUGGGCGCCAUCACCGCCGCCGGCGCCAAGUCCACCAUCCAGGAGUUCCUCAAGAACAUGUCGGCUUCCGCUGAUGUCUUGGCCAUGGCCAAGGUUGAGGUUGACCUCAACGCCAUCCCCGAGGGCAAGAACGUCAUCAUCAAGUGGCGUGGCAAGCCCGUCUUCAUCCGUCACCGUACCCCUGCGGAGAUCGAAGAGGCCAACAAGGUCAACGUUGCCAACCUCCGUGACCCCGAGACCGACGCCGACCGUGUCAAGAAGCCCGAGUGGCUCGUCAUGCUUGGCGUCUGCACCCAUUUGGGUUGCGUUCCCAUCGGCGAGGCCGGUGACUACGGUGGCUGGUUCUGCCCCUGCCACGGUUCUCACUACGACAUCUCUGGCCGUAUCAGGAAAGGACCUGCCCCUCUGAACCUCGAGAUCCCUCUCUACGAGUUCCCUGAGGAGGGCAAGCUUGUCAUUGGUUAAGCGAGCAAAAAGACAAAACUUUCCGAUCGAACAAACAAGACAAAAUUUUUAACCAAACCUACUAGGGAAUCCUCUCGAUAUUCCCUUGUCCGCUUUUUUUUUCCUUGCUGCCCGAGAGACGAUGACAAGGAGAAUUGUAUUAGUACGGGGGUAAUGCGACAAAGGGCUUGAGUGGAAGCAUGUCAUAGACCAUAAAACGGGAUUUUUGUUUUCCGUGGUUCUUGACGCGGUUUCGUACGACUAUCCUAUAGACAGAAGACACAUACGCAUACACAACAGCAAAUCAGGUGUCACGGUCGAUCAUAUGCGCUCGAGAGGCGGAAACUCCUAUAUACUCAGAACUGCGUUCUUCACCUACGCAACCCUACAUACCUGAUAUUGGUGCUGAGCUUGGAGCUAGGUUGCUGCUGAGUGUUGUGCCCUUGCGUUUUCCUAUAGACUGGCUUUGUAGAAAAUUUUAUUGUAUGAGAGGCUC